AGAAAAGAGUCCGUCAAUUGCCCGCUGCUCUGUUUGGCAUGAUUACGGUGCAACGGGCGCAGAACCUCCGUUGAUGCACCGGUUCUUAAGCCAAGCAGCCACCAUCGUCUUACAUACCAACAUCCUGCAUCUCAAAAUCAGCAAUGGACAUACACGGUCUUAACAGUGUUUCAUCCUUUCAUGACUACGGUGAUCCAGCUGAAGCCUGGUGAUUCUCGAGGUGGAAGGCUUCAUGAUGCGGAUUUUACGACUAUCUCCUCAGUACUCUAGGUCCAUGCUGAUGAAUCCACGUCGCUGUUCAAGGCAAGAUAGUCACUCGACGUCACGAAAAAUUCAAAAUGUUUGCUAUAUAAACAUGCACAGUAGGCCGAAGAUCGUGUAUUAUUGUCUCAUCAAUUCGCGCUCAGAGCAACAUCUCCAAUCUUGACAGCAGCAGUAGAAUCGAUCAUAUCACAACACUCAGCUCUCUUCAAAGCAAAUACUAUUUACAAUGUCUGGUUUCCCCGUUCCCGCUUCUCUUCAGAAGAGCCUCGACGCCACCAAGGUCGAAUAUGUAAACCUGGGAACCUCUGGUCUCCGCGUUUCCGUUCCAGUCCUGGGCGGCAUGUCCCUCGGAUCCAGCGAAUGGGCGCCGUGGGUGCUAGACGAGGAGGCAUCGCUCGAGAUCCUCAAGGCCGCCUACGACCGCGGCAUCAACACCUGGGAUACCGCAAAUAUGUACUCCAACGGCGUCAGCGAGGAAGUCAUUGGCAAGGCCAUCAAGAAAUUCAACAUUCCCCGCGAGAAGAUCGUUCUCAUGACCAAGUGCUUCAUCUACGUGGGUGAGGAGACGAACCUCCACACGACCAUGUUCCCUAACGAAGUGCGCCAGAGCAAGGACUACGUCAACCAAGGCGGCCUCUCUCGCAAGGCCAUUUUCAAGGCUGUGGAUGACGCCCUCGCCCGCUUGGGAACGACCUAUAUCGAUCUUUUCCAGAUCCACCGCUUCGACCCCACGACACCCAUCGAGGAAACCAUGAAGGCCCUCCAUGACCUCGUGCAAGCCGGCAAGAUCCACUACAUCGGCGCGAGCUCCAUGUGGGCCACCCAGUUCGCGCGCAUGCAGUUUGUCGCCGAGAAGAACGGCUGGACCAAGUUUGUCAGCAUGCAGAACUUCUACAACCUCGUCUACCGCGAGGAAGAGCGCGAGAUGAACCGCUUCUGCAAGGAGACGGGUGUGGGUCUCCUUCCCUGGUCACCCCUCUACGGCGGAAAGUUGGCGCGGUCUGUCAAGGCCGAAAACACCAGCAUCCGAUCUCAGGGCAAGGGUCCGAUGAACCCUGAUCUCAGCGAGGCGGAUGAGAACAUCAUUCGCAGGGUCGAGGAGAUCGCGGAGAAGAAGGGAUGGAGCAUGAGCCACGUCGCGCUCGCUUGGAUCCGGUACAAGGGCGGGGUUCCUAUCACCGGCUUCAACUCUGCCAAGAGGAUUGAUGAGGCAUGCGAGCUGCGUGGCAAGACUCUGACGGAUGAGGAAGCCAAGUACCUAGAGGAGCCUUAUGUUCCCAAGAACAUUAUUGGCCAUGACUAGACAUUCACGUAGCAACUCACCAGUAGCACUCAAUUCCAUGUAUUUGCUUUAG